AUGGCUGCCCCGGAAAUUCACCACCUCUUCCAUAAUCCCAUCGCUGAUCACUCAUUUUCCCCUGACAAGUCAACACUUGCAGUUGCUCGGGACAGCAAUGUGGAGCUUUACCAGAAAGCGGGUAACAAGUUCUCAUUGACCGAUGAACUUAAAGGCCAUGAGAAGAUUGUGACAGGCGUUGAUAUCGCUCCUAACAGUGGUCGGAUUGUUACCUGUUCGCAGGAUCGCAAUGCAUAUGUUUGGGAGCGAACCCCUGCUGGCUGGAAACCGACUUUGGUCCUGCUUCGGAUCAACAGAGCUGCAACCUUUGUGAGGUGGUCUCCAUCUGAACAAAAGUUUGCUGUUGGCUCAGGUGCCCGUGUGAUCGCAGUUUGCUAUUUUGAGGAAGAAAACGACUGGUGGAUCUCGAAACACCUGAAGAAGCCUAUACGCAGUACCAUCACCACACUUGCUUGGCAUCCGAACUCUGUUCUUCUGGCUGCAGGCUCGACCGAUUCCCACGCGAGAGUCCUUUCCAGUUACAUCAAGGGUGUUGAUACCCGCCCCGAGCCGAGCGCCUGGGGAGAACGUCUUCCAUUUAACACUAUAUGCGGGGAGUUUCUGAAUGACUCGGCAGGAUGGAUUCAAGGAGUAUCCUUUUCUCCAAGUGGAAACGCGCUUGCAUUCACUGGGCAUGAUAGUAGCGUCACUGUGGUGUACCCAAGUGCGCCGGACCAACCUCCUCGGGCUAUGUUGAACAUUACCACCCGGUUCUUACCAUUCAACAGCUUGAUCUGGAACGGAGAGAAUGAGAUCAUCGCUGCUGGCCAUGAUUGCGAGCCGUACCGCUUCCAAGGGGACGAGAACGGAUGGCAGCUUGCAGGAACUAUCGAAAAGAAGUCCGGUUUUGGUGUCGGUGCUGUUCGCGAGGAGUCUGCUCUCAAUAUGUUCCGUCAAAUGGAUCUCAAGGGACAGACCCAGGCUGAUACUCAACUCAAGACGGUCCACCAGAAUACUAUCAAUACAGUUCGCGUAUAUGAGGAGGUAAACGGAAUUGUCAGUAAAUUCAGUAUUACUUUUGUUGUCUUAUCUAUCCUACUAUACGGAACUUGCUCAACUGCUAGUCUCAUUUUCCCUAGAGCAAGCGGAGCUUCUACAUAUGGCCAGAGCGACAGAAUAGACAGCACCGUCUCGCACGAAACUUUUGCCUCUUUAGAAGAACUCUCGCGCAUUGUUGACAUCUCGUACUGUGUCGGUAGUACAGGGGUACAUAAACCGUUCCAGUGUUUGAGUCGGUGUAAUGAAUUUCCGGGCUUUGAAUUGAUCACUACGUGGAGCACCGGCCCCCUCCUCUCGGACUCGUGCGGCUACAUCGCGCUGUCCCAUUUCCCACAUGCAAAGCGCAUAAUUGUUGCUUUCCGUGGCACUUAUUCAAUCACAGACACUAUAAUCGACCUUUCAGCCUACCCGCAGGCGUAUGUACCAUAUGAUCCUAAUGAUCGGGACGACAAGGAGCUGCUACGAUGUCGUAAUUGCACAGUCCACGCGGGAUUCCUGACCUCGUGGCUGAACACUCGCCCGACUAUCCUCGAACAUGUUUCGGCAGCAAGGAAACAGUACCGUGACUACAAAGUGAUACUCGUCGGUCACUCGCUUGGUGGGGCAGUUGCCGCGCUGGCUGGGCUUGAGAUGCAAAUGCGAGGCUGGGAGCCGCAGGUAACGACAUUUGGAGAGCCUAAAAUCGGAAACAAGGAGUUUGUCAAGUUUCUUAAUGAGGCGUUCAAGCUCGGAACGGUGCUACCGUCAGGUGAUGCCCAGAAGUGGCAAUUCCGUAGGGUGACUCAUGUGAAUGACCCUGUGCCUCUCCUGCCACUAGAAGAAUGGGGAUAUGAAAUGCAUGCAGGAGAAAUUUUCAUUUCAAAGGCUGUUCUCCCACCCUCCGAAUCCGACGUGAUAUUUUGCGAUGGUGAUAAAGAUGCACACUGCAUCACUGGGGAGCAAAGUAACAUGAGAGCCAUGCUUCGCGAGAUCAAGUUGAAUGCGGCGAAGCAUAUGUGGCGUUAUAGCGUGACGGACCAGGUGGUUUCGACUGAGAGUGACAUAUCUCCAUCGGCGAUGGACUCUCGAAGCCACGCUGAAAUGCAACAGGUACCACUUCGUCUACCGUGGAAUCUUAUUCCUUCUAAAUACAGACUCUGGGAGCUAUUCUUUGCUCACCGAGACUACUUCUGGCGGAUAGGCCUCUGCGUUCCUGGUGGUGAUCCAACGGGUAAGGAAGAAAACCAUCACUAA